AUGACGCACCACGCUAUGAUCACGUACCACGCUAUGAUCACGUACCACGCUAUGAUCACGUACCACGCUAUGAUCACGCACCACGCUAUGAUCACGCACCACGCUAUGACGCACCACGCUAUGAUCACGACCAGUCCUUAUCAAUAUGGUGGAUAUGAGCUUCAGCCUCCAAACCUCCUGAAGGAUGAUGGAAACGUGGAGAUAAGGAAAGUCCAGAGGUACCAAAACAGACACACUCCCUAUAGAAGAGGACAGGACAGGAGGACAGUGCAAUGGUAUAAAAAAGACGGUCUGCGUGUUACUCUCUGCAGUAAUGGAACACAUCUCAAGAGUGAAAUGGAGAACAUACAAGAUCAAACCCUGGGGAGUUGGUUCAAGGUCACAGUUGCCUAUGGAAGAAAGUAUGACAGGACAUGGCUAAUGGAUUCAAUCCAGAGCCAUUGCAGUGUCCCCUUCACUCCAGUGGAUUUUCACCAUGUGCAAAACAAGGCCCGGUUCUUUGUCCAGGAUGCUCACGCUGCCUCUGCAUUGAAGGAUGUCAGCAACAAGAUUUAUGAUGAGGAGAACCAAAAGAUAGCUAUCUUUGUCAGUACUUCUGCUGUACCCUUCUCUGUGCGGGAUAAGUUAGAGCCAGAAAUAAUGGAACAGCUAAAGCUGACCAUGUACAAACGAUAUGAUGCCUCUCAGAAAGCUCUUGAUCUCCAGUUUCUCCGCUAUGACCCAGAUUUGGUGAGAUGUGAUGUUGCUAUAAUCCUGAAUAGAAGAAACUGCAUGGCUGCCACUCUGCAGAUCAUUGAAAAGGAUUUCCCUGAGCUGUUGUCCCUGAGCUUGCACAACAACAGACUGUGCCAGCUGGAUGGCCUGUCUGAUAUUAUACAGAUGGCACCCACAGUCAAGAUCCUGAACCUUUCCAAAAAUGAGCUUAACUCUACCUGGGAGUUGUGCAAAAUCAAAGGCCUGAAACUGGAAGAGCUGUGGCUGGAAGAUAACCCUUUGUGCGGCACCUUUCUAGACCAGUAUGCUUAUAUAAGCGCCAUCAGGAAAUGUUUCCCCAACUUGUUACGCUUGGAUGGACAAAAUUUAUAUCCACCAAUUGACAUUGACAGCCACUACUUAGUAAAGCCCUUAAAGGAAAGGUAUAAUGGAUCUGAUGGUCUGAAGAAUCAAGUCCUGCAUUUUCUGCAUCAAUAUUACUUGAUCUAUGACUUUGGAGACAGAUGGAGUCUCCUCAGUGCUUAUCACGAUGAGGCCUGCUUCUCUCUGACUAUUCCCUACAUUCCAGACAACCCAGCCCCAAGCCGCUUGUUUGAGUACCUCAGGGAUAAUGAGUAUAUGAAGAACUUCCAGAACCCCAACAGGCGUUUUCAGCUGCUGAGACAUACAAAAUAUGACAUUGUGAGCACCCUCUGUGUGUUGCCCAAAACUCAGCAUGACCUCAACUCCUUUAUCGUGCACAUACGGUUCCACUCGGAGAGCAUCCUCUUCCUCCCCCAGAUGAAGAGCAAGAUCCCAGAGGAUGCCUUCAUGCAGUGA